UGUGAAGCUUUAGCUUGGUGUAGACGUAAUUGGAUUUAAACUUCGACUAUGGCACUGCCUUCAAAACAAGAGAGGAAUUAAAUUUUUACCAGUUUUGGAUUAAUUUAUCAGAAAUAUGACCACUACCACCGCCAAUGAUAAAGGACCCACACUGGGCAUGCGUCACAUGCAAGCCCUUCUGAUAUUCCUGGAUAUUGUGGUUAUCUAUAUCAGCCGCCUGAAUAUUGGAGUGGCUGUGGUCGCCAUGACCAAAGCUGAAUCCACGAAUCCUGAUUUUCCGGAAUUCGAUUGGAGUGAAAAGCAAAUUUCAUAUAUCCUCUCUAGUUUCUAUUGGGGCUAUGUUUGCACCCAAUUUCUGGGAGGUGCCUUGAGCAAACAUUUCGGUGCCAAAAUAACUAUGGGCCUUGCAACAUUCUUCUCAGCGAUUUUGAGUGCAGUUACACCGGUCAGCGUUACUUGGGGAGGAUGGGAGGCUUUCUGUGCCAUAAGAGUGGUGCAGGGCAUAUUUCAGGGCAUGUUGUUUCCCUGUGUGCAUGCUCAUCUGGCCAAAUGGUCGCCAUUGGAAGAACGUAAUCGUCUGGGUGCUUUAAGUCACACAGGCAUUGAGUGUGGCACCGUUUUGGCGCUGGGUAUUACAGGUGUCAUUGCCAGUGGUCCCAUGGGUUGGCCGGGUAUUUCUUACAUCUCCGCAGGCUUGUGCUUUGGAUGGUGCAUUCUAUGGUUUAUAUUUGCUGCCAAUAACCCCACAGAGUCCAGAUUUGCCACCGAAUCAGAGAAGAGCUACAUAGAAACAUCAUUGGAACAUGCUGAAGAUUUUCACAAGAAACAGAUUCCCAUACCUUGGAAGGCCAUAUCGUUGUCGGUACCCUUUAAUGCCUUUCUAAUAACACGUUGUGCCGAAGGUUGGGGACUAACCACCUUGCAAGCCCAAAUACCUUCCUACUUGAAUGGGGUGUUGGGUAUGGAAAUCAAAUCGAAUGCCUUGUUCUCGGCCCUACCCUUCUUGGCUAUGUGGGUAAUGUCCUAUGUCUAUGUAAUUGCGGCAGAUAUUUUACAGCGCAAACAGAUUUUAAGUUUAUCCGCCAUACGCAAAACCAUAAACAGUUGUGCUUACUGGAUACCAGCUGCAGGAUUGAUAGCCAUAGGCUUUUUGGAUGCCGACAACAAGCCCUUGGCCAUAGCUUUGAUGACAAUAAGUGUGGGCGUUAAUAGUGGAGCGACUAUAGGAAGUUUGCUCAAUACCAUCGAUUUGUCACCGAAUCAUGCUGGCAUACUGAUGGGCAUUAACAAUACCAUAGCGAAUUUCAUGCCAUUGAUAUCACCUUUGGUGGUGGGCGUUAUAGUCACCGAUUCGAGCAAUCGCACCGAAUGGCAAAUUGUAUUUGCCGUCUCCGCUGUGGUUUUCUUCUUGGGCAACAUCGUUUACCUUAUAUGGGGCUCAACUGCACAACAACCCUGGGAUGCCGAAGAUUACUUGGUGCCAAAAGAUACGGAAACUGUUUCCAAAGAAAAUCAGGCAACUAAUGAAGAUAAUUCUAAAACAACUAUUCCAACUUUGGGGACUAUUACAUCAAUUAAAUCAAAUGCGGGAAAAACUGAUUAGGUAAUAGAGCAAUGUAA